AUGGCGCUUUUGGCUGGGGCAAAGCCUGGUCAUGUGGAACUCGCUGGUGUCAAGCAGUGGUGGGGCACUGACAUUUCAGAGAUCUCAGUAGACGUCACGAAUGUUGAGGAAGAUACUCGGCAGAGACUGGGAGUGCCUGCUUGCUGCGACAGGUCUGGUGGACUGAUGAUCAGAUGCUGCACUUGUCUGGUUCUAGGAGUUGUUUUGCCUCCUAUUUUGAUCAGCGCGGGCAGUGAUAUCGGCACAGAGGUUUGGAGAGAAGUUGCCACAGUGACUGGCCUUGUGUUGUUCACCCUCUCGCUUGCUUAUUGCUGCUGUAGCAUGCGGCGCACGUGCUGCGAAGGAAUUUUCAAUCUGCCAGAGCCAGCACCACUUGUUCCUCCCCUGUCCAAGAGCAAUCAAAAAGUGAUUGCAGUGAAGCGCGUGCUCCUGAUUUACAAUCCCAAUGCGGGAAAGCGACAAGCUGAGUCCAUCUUGAACAAUGUUGUGCUGCCCGGCCUGCAACAGCGAGGUAUCCAAUGCGAUGUUGUGCCAACAGAACGAGUUGGACAUGCGAGAGAAAUCGGCAUGACUAGAGAUUUGACUGGCUAUGAUGCAGCUGUCAGUCUUGGGGGAGACGGAACGUUUCAUGAGCUUGUGAACGGCAUUCUUUCAAGAAAGGAUGGACAACGCUUGGCAGUUAGUCUGAUUCCGCUGGGUUCUGGAAAUGGUUUAGCAGCGACUCUUCGGCAGAAUAUGCAGAGACGUGGCGAAGAAGUGUCGGUGUGGUCUGAGCUUGAUGCCGUUCUUCAGUGGUCCAUCGAGCGGAUCGCAGGAGGCCGUCUUGCUGCUGUUGACUUGUUGGAGGUUGAGGUCAUGAACAAACGCUUGGCUGCUGUGAUGCAAGUCUAUGUGGGCCUUCUGGCCGAGCUGGACCUUGUUGCAGAACCACUCAGAUGGAUGGGCCCUGCGCGCUUUGACGUGACCUCUGUUUGGAUGAUCUUGCGGAAGCAGGCGCACCUGGUGGACUGCAAGCUCACCUAUGCAGAUGGCACGACCUCUUCUUCCAACAUGUCAUGUAUAGGUGCGAGCAUUGGUUUAUGCCAACACUUUGACGACAAGCUCAGAGCUGUUCCACAGGCUCAGUUGGAUGACGGGCUCUUGGAGUUUUCAACGAUUUCCUCCGAUGCCUCGGUGGAUCAGCUGAUGGCGGGUUUCUUGAAGUUGGCGCAUGGGGCCCACACGGAAGACGAGGUUGUCUGGUCAUCAAAGCAAGUGACAGCAGUAGAACUUCGAUUUGAACGGCCUGGACUGUUCAAUGUGGAUGGCGAAAUCUUGGAACAUGACGGUGUGCUGCGCUUGCGCGUUUUGCCUGGCAUGAUGAACAUGCUUGUUGGCAAAGAAGAGUCCGAAAGUGCCGCACCUGCAGCAGAAUCUGCACAAGCCGCCCAGUGGGGUGCUGACAAGCAACGCUGGAGGAUGCUGGGGCUCUACGCACUUGGGUGCAUGGCAAACCAGGCGAUGUGGAUUGGCUUUGCUCCCAUCGAAGCCGAAGUCAUUCACACAUUCGAUGCUUCCUCUACUUGGGUCAAUCUGUUGUCCUUGGUUUUUAUGAUCGUUUACUUGCCAGCCAAUUUUCCAGCUUCAUAUGCCAUGGAUGUUCUUGGCUGCCGCCAUGCACUGAUCAUUGGCGGCUCACUCCAGACGCUGGGGGCAGUGCUUCGAUGUGUGAAACCAGUUGGCCCUGGCUCGGUCAACAUGGUCAUGGCGGGUCAAGUCUUGGCAGCGAUCGGCCAACCCUUCUUUACAGAUAUGCCCCCGAAGAUUGCAGUUGACUGGUUCCCACCGUAUCAACGUGUCAUCGCAGAUACCAUCGCAUCCUUGUCGAUGCCCAUCGGGGCAGCGAUUGGCUUCAUUUUGCCUACUGGUUUGGGUUUGCAGAAUAUGCUGUAUGCCCAUCUUUGCUGGAGCAGCGCAGCUCUUUUCCUAAUCAUCGUAUUUUUUCGUUCGGAACCGACAAGGCCUCCAAGUCCAGUGUCGUCACAUCAUGCAGGAAAGUCCUUUGCCAAGGAGCUCAAGGCAGCCUUGUGCAACGGACGACUUUGGUGUUUGAUAGCUUCCUUUGCGUGCAGCUUGGGCUCUUUCAAUACUAUGAGCACACUUGCAGCACAACUGGUGGGACCAUUUGGCUUUGAUGCAGAUGCAGCUUCAGCCUUUGGUGUAGCGACGACCCUGGGCGGUGUGAUUGGCGCAGCUCUCAUGUCGGUGAUGGUGGGCUUGACAGGAAAGCACAAACCUGUGCUGGUGACUUGCUGUAUAGCCUGUGUUGUUUUCUCAGCUUUGGCAACACUCACAGUCGUCUACUUGGGCAACUCUAGAGGCUUCGAACUCCUCCUUGUUGCCUUUGCAGGUCUUGGAUUCUCAGCCACUCCAUUAAUGCCCAUUUCCUUUGAGGCAGCGGUGGCUGUUGGGCAUCCGACCGGUGAAGGAACGCUUGCUGGCUUGUGCAUGUCAGGAGGACAAGUGCUCGGGAUCACGCAAACGCUGAUCAUUGGGGAGCUUUUGCAGCGAAAAGAGGCCACAACUGCUUGGAUACUUUCUGGUGGCCUUUUCCUUGUUGCUCUUGUGGCGGUGCUUCUCUUCCAACCAAAGCAGGAAGCAUUCAACCAGCAAGAUGAGUGCGAGUCAAGUUGUGAUGAGCCGUCAAGCGUGGCCUGA